AUGGAGGUGACAAAGUUGUUUACGGGUUUUCAUAGCGAGAAUAUUGUGAAUAAUAGAGCCUGGUAUUGUCAUUGGAAACGUGAUGGGAAACUCCUGGUGACGACAGGUGAGGAUAAAACAGCAAAAGUGUGGAGAUUCAGUCAGGGUAUGUUAUUCUUAAUUGCUUUUUAUGAGUUAGAUGGACAAAAGCUCAGGUUGAUCACGCAGUUGACUGGAGAUCAUUUGCGGACCGUGCGAAGUGCUCAAUUUUCUCCUUGUGGGAGAUAUAUUAUAACGGCUAGCUUUGAUUCUUCAAUGAGGGUUUAUGAACAAGAAGAUGGCGAACAUUUUGAAGAGAAACACAGAUUGGAUGGGCAUGAACACGAAGUCAAGUGCGCCUCGUUCUCUUCGUCAGGACAAUACAUGGCUUCAGCAAGUCGCGAUAAGAAUGUGUUCGUAUGGCAAGGUAAUUCCGUGGUUUAAGAUCUUUAGCUUGAACUUUAGUUGACGAAGAUGAAGACUUCGAUGUUGACUCUGUUCUGCAAAAUCACACUGGAGAUGUUAAAUUUGUUGUGUGGCAUCCCUCUGAAAAUGUAAUUUUUUCGUGAUAAGUAGCCCUAUUCAUUUUAGUUCUUAGUCUCUGGAGGUUAUGAUAUGACGGCGAACAUUUAUCGCUAUGAUGGGUCUGAUUGGGUCGUUCAUCAAAGUCUUGGAACUAUCCACGACGAGACAGUUUGGUCAUUAGCAUUUAACCAUGAUGGAAGCUACUUCACAACAGUCGGAGGAGACGGAAGGAUUAAGGUAAGUAGCUUUAGGUAUUUAUGUACUUUCAGGUCUGGAAGAUGAUUCGAGGUGCAUCGGAGGCGCAGCACAAGUUUGUCCACUUGAGUUCCAUCACACCUCCCGACUCGAUUUGGCCCAUUUUUACAGUUUGCUGGGAUCCCUUCCGGAACCUGUUUGCUUGUGGAGGUGGAGAUCGAAGAUUAUGGUAAGAUUAACCGAACUUAAAUUAAAAAUUUAGGAUAUACGAGCUUUCCCAGGACGAAACAAUCACUUUAAUCGGUCAAUAUGAACAUGGCAGUGAUAUUAAUUGUAUUGCCUUUAAUCCGAAGCACCCGAAUGUCCUUUCCCUUUGUUCAGAUGACGGGGAGAUUGUUUUAUUAGAGUUGAAACAAUAAAUACUUAUAUAUAUAUAUAUAUAACUUGUUUAAAUGUUUGGGAGGUUUUUGACCAUUUUAUACUGUGAAACAUCCAUGAAUAUAAGGGUAAUUUUUUAGAUGGAUUGUGAUGUUGCUGGAUAUCACGUCGCAUCGUUUAAUUUCUUCUGCGGAGAAGGGCUGGCUUUGGCUGCAGAUGAUGUCCCUACUGAGAAAUUCCGAUUGAAAAAUGAACAGGCAAUUGAAAUCCGUUACAAGGGGGCUAUAAUGAAGAGUCCCAGUCUUCAGAGUGCAUUGGUGAGUGCUUAAUUUUUUUUACGAUAUUUGGUUUUUAGAUGUCUAAGAAUGUUGAAGAUAUUACGAACACGCAAUUCAUCUUACCUUCCGAAUGUCGUCAGCGAGGAUUAACGUACAGAGGCCCUUUAUUCGUGGACCUGGAAGUAAAAGUAAACGGAACUGUUUUGGGGAUCUUCUCAACUCUUCUUGGCCAUAUUCCCAUCAUGCUCAGGUCAGAUCUCUGCCAUUUAAAGGACAUGUCAGAAGAAGAAUUGAUUAAAGCUGGGGAAGAAGGAAUCGAAAAAGGAGGGUACUUUGUGAACAAGGGAUCGGAAAAAGUUAUUCGAUUGCUGGUGGGAAACAAGAGAAACUUCCCUCUGGCCAUUGUGAGAAAUAGUUUCAAGGAGAAAGGGAAACUGUUCACUGAAUUUGGUGUUAUGAUGAGAUGUUUCAAAGAAGGACAUUCGGCCUCCAUGAUGACUCUUCAUUAUCUCGACAGUGCUUCCAUGGUCUUGACGAUUCAGGUAGAGUGACUUGUAAGAAAAAAUGUUUUGUUUCAGUACCGUCGAGAACUGUUUUAUAUUCCUUUUAUGUACAUCCUUAGAGCUCUCACAGAUCUGAGCGAUGUUCAGAUUUUUGAAAAUAUGACUAAAUUGAGACCAAAUGACACUUACUGGUCAAGCUGUGUCAAAAAUAUGUUGGUCAGCGCGGCCGAGGAAGGUGUCACAAACAGAGAAACCGCCUUGAGGGUACUAGGAUCGAGAUUCAGGGUAACACUCGGCCAAAAGAUUGCUCCUUGGGAAACUGAUGAAGUAAGUGUUUAUACAUGCAGAUUUGUGAUUAUGAUUUUAGGAUGCUGGUAGAUUCAUAAUCAGAUAUUGCGUGGCCAUCCAUUUAAAUGAUGCCGACGAUAAGUUCCAUUGUCUUUCAUUUAUGGGGCAAAAGCUGAUAAGCCUGGCUUUGGGGCAGAUUCUUCCAGAAUCCCCUGAUAACCCUCAGUUCCACGAAGCUACAGUAACCGGACAUAUUUUCUUAUUGAUGAUUCGCGAGAAACUGGAGAAUGUUUUGGGUGUUUUAAGGAGGAAAAUUGAAAUUGUCCAGGCCAGAAGAGGAGACAAGUUUGUGUUUGAUGGGUAAGGCUUGUAUAUGCAAAUUUACAAAAAACUGUAAUUUCAGAAAAUUCUUCCAAUCUCAGUUAGGGAGUAUUGGAUCCCAGCAGAUUACUAAUGCUUUUGAAUACUUUUUGGCCACUGGCAACUUAAUAUCCAGAACCGGAAUUGGAUUAAUGCAAGAUCAAGGCUUUGCUGUGAUCGCUGAGAGAAUAAACCAGCUCCGUUUUGUCUCCCACUUCAGGGCCAUCCAUCGUGGUGCCUUUUUCAUGGAGACCAGGACCACUGAUGUCAGAAAACUUCGACCAGAAGCGUGGGGCUUUAUCUGUCCGGUUCACACUCCUGAUGGGGCUCCAUGUGGUCUUCUAAACCAUGUUACAGCUUCGUGUGACAUCGUCACUAAGCCUGUUGACACCAAGCCUUUGAAUGAGUUGUUGUAUCAGAUGGGAGUUAUCACCCAUGAAGAAAUGAGACUCAAUGUUGCCAAAACAAAGGACAAUCCGGAAGAAUAUAAAGUUUUUUAUCCGGUCGUAAUGGAUGGGAAGGUUGUCGGAUAUGUUUCAAAGGCAGAAGCACCGAGAUUGGAAAGACGUUUGAGAGCCUUGAAGGUGAAUUCCAAGGAGAAACAAGUGCCAUCUUUGGUCGAGAUUGUUUUGGUGAGAGCAUCCACGGACGAGAAAAACAUCCUGACUCAAUUCCCUGGUUUCUACAUAUUCUCGGACAUGGGAAGAAUGAUUCGCCCGGUUAAGAAUCUGAUUUCCAAGAAGACCGAAUUUGUGGGUGAGUCCGACACAUUCAGAAGUGAUUUUUGUUUUGAAGGAAUCUUCGAACAAGUCUAUCUUUCGAUUAUAAUUGACCCCGAAGAGAUCGAACCCGGAGUGACGAUGCAUCAAGAACUUCAUCCCAGCGCUUUAUUCAGUUUCGCAGGGAAUCUGAUUCCUUUCCCAGACCACAAUCAGUCUCCUCGUAACAUUUACCAAUGUCAGAUGGGAAAACAAACCAUGGGAAUCGCAGUGCACGCCUGGAAGGCUAGAGCCGACAACAAGAUGUACAAUUUAAUUGUAUGUGGUAUUCCUUAAUUUAAUUUUAUAUCCUUUUUAGACCCCUCAACAUCCACUACUCAAACUAGAGGCCUACGAGAAAUAUGAGAUGGCCAAUUAUCCGUUGGGAACCAACGCUUGCGUGGCUGUAAUCUCUUAUACGGGUUAUGAUAUGGAGGAUGCUAUGGUGAUCAACAAAAGUUCAUUCGAGAGGGGAUUUGCUCAUGGAAUGGUGAUCAAAGUUGAAAGGUGAGACUACUUGGCAAACUACCAUUUGUAUAGACUUAACCUGGCUGAAACUGGUGCCUUCGGAAAGAAGGAAUGUAAUCAUUUCUUUGCCAAAGAUCCCAAAGACACAGAAGUAAAAAGUAUAACCCGAGAUGGAUUACCAAUCCCAGGACGUCUGUAUAAACAAGGGGAUAUCUAUUACAGUAAGAAGGACAAGUAUGAGGAAAAAUAUACAACCGGAGAAUUCAAAUAUGCAGAAGCCGCCUAUUGCGGAGUUGUGAGAGCAAUUGCUGAGGAACACGAAGGGAUUGUUGUAAGUUUACUAUGCAUUUCUUGGAGCAUUAUAGUUUAUUUUACAAGGAAAGUACUUUUAUGGGGGCUCCUACUUUUUGACGGGACAUACCUCAAAAAAUCAGAAACAAUCUUAGCUGCCCAUUUUGGCCUUUUAGGGGUGAAAAUGCCCAAAAACUGGCUCAAUUUCCCUACAAAAGGCGCAUGCAUUCGAAACGAUAAAAAGCGCAGUCGGUCUCUUCCUUCGGAAGAGAGCGGUGUGGCCGAGUGGUUAGUGCCGUAGUCUGGGAAUCAAGAGGGGGACGCCGCACGGGUUCGAUUUCCCUUUUGGGCUGAAUCAACUUUUUUGAAGUUGAAGGUCGGAAAAAUAAAUUUUUGGGCCAAGACUGAUUUAUUACGUCUUAGAAACUCAAUAAACAUAAUUUUAAGCCAAAAUAAAAAUUGUAAACCCGUGAAAAAUUAGGCGAAAAGGGGUUCAUAUAGGACUUUAAGUCAACUUCCGAUUGAGUUUUCACCCCUAAAAACCUAAAAUGGGCAGCUAAGAUUUAUAUAUCCUUGAUCAGCACAUUUUUUCUGAUUUUUUGAGAUAUGUCCCGUCAAAAAGUAGGAGCCCCCAUAAAAGUACUUUCCUUGUUAGCAUAUUCUGAUCCAAUGGAGAAUCCCUCGAAAUCCUAUUAUUGGCGACAAGUUUGCCUCGAGGCAUGGACAGAAGGGAAUUAACUCUUUCUUAUGGCCAGUUGAAUCUCUACCGUUCUCAGAGUCCGGGAUGGUCCCUGAUAUUAUCUUCAAUCCUCACGGUUUCCCAUCUCGGAUGACAAUCGGAAUGAUGAUUGAGAGUAUGGCUGGGAAAGCCGCUGCCAUGAAUGGAGGCUAUUAUGAUGCCUCACCUUUUGUCUUCAAUGAAGAGAACACGGCUAUUAACCAUUUCGGGGAGCUUCUACAACAAGCUGGAUACAACUACUACGGUAAUGAGACCAUGUAUUCGGGUGUGGAUGGUAGGGAACUCAAGGUGAGGAGGUCGUAAAUUGCUUUGUAUUCGUUGAUAGGUGCAAAUCUUCUUUGGAAUUGUGUAUUAUCAAAGGUUGAGACAUAUGAUUGCUGACAAGUUCCAAGUCCGAGCGACGGGAGUUGUGGACCCGGUCACGUUGCAGCCCGUUAAGGGACGGAAAAAGGGAGGAGGAAUUCGAUUCGGAGAAAUGGAGCGUGAUACCAUGAUCGCCCAUGGUGCCGCCUAUUGUCUACAAGACCGACUGCUGUUUUCUUCGGAUCUCGACUUCUGCAAAGUCUGUGCCAAUUGCAGUUCAAUUAUAUCGGUAUCAAAACUGAAAGCGGCAAAUGUAAGUAAUAUUUAAUUGCCCGAGAAAACAUUGUUUUGUCUGCAGGUAAAGAAAGCCGAAGAUUAUGAGCGAGGACCAAGGCCGGUCUGCUUAAUAUGCAAUAAAAGCUCGGACGUAUACGACAUCCAGGUUCCUCGAGUCUUCCGAUAUCUCGCCGCUGAACUCAGUUCCGUCGGAAUCCAACUCCAAUGUGAUGUUGGCGACCCUACUUCUCGUUGA